AUGGCCGACGUCAUGGCUCAACAAAGCAUGUUAUCUGCGCCUGCAUCCAGACAAGACAUCGUCAGCGCACUACUUAACGACUAUGGCAACUCUUUUGGCCGAGGCGACGCAUCUCCUUCAACGUGGUCGCCCGUACCUGCGGACAAAAAGCUUCCUGCGCCGCCGUCACGAUCAGAUAGCGUCGCACGUGAACCGCUUCCAGCUGCGAUGAGAAUGGAAGCAAAGUUUCAGUUGAGAGAUGACCAAGACGCACCUGUUCUCCCAAGGAGUCCGGUGCCAGGCUCCCCACCUCGACCAAGGAGGAGGAUCGAGUCACGUAGCCUAUCUCGCGAAUCUAAGCCAGCAUCUCUCAAGCUUACCAUCAGCAACGGUUCAACAGCGACUGUGCCCCCUACCCCAGCAUUCCCAGCACGAUCAGAGUCUCUCCCUUCUUCAGCAAUAGAGGAGAAAGAUCUUCCACCUCCACCACCUGCAAAGUCCGAGAGGCGGAAGUCGGUUAAGCAGUCUGAUGCGGGAAGCCAAUCGUCAAGGCCAGCGACGGAUCUCGCGAGAAACGAUUCGCUUCUUUCCCAAGGCGAAAGCAGAGACUCUACGGAGACGUCUACUACAACCACAUCAUCGGUUAUUGGGCGCAAAGCAGUACCAGACCAAGGUCUCAAAAAGUUCAAAAGUCUGGCAGAACUGAAUAAUGGACCGCGAGGAAGGAAGGGCGCUCCAAUGCCCCCCACAUCAGCGCCCAGAACCUUGAGCGUCGAUAGCCAGCGAUCAGAUGCUGUCUCAAGGAAAGGCAGUGUCGACAGUCAAGCAAACAUGCCCGAGGCUGCCGCACCUCAGCCCGCCGAAAAGCUACGAAAGACGGAAGCAGAGCUCCCACCGACACCGGAGGAAGAACAAGACACCAGGGUCCCUGCACCACCUAAGAAAGUCUUCACGGGUCUUCCCUCAAACCCUCGUAUCAAAGCCCCGGCAUCGCCCCUUCACUUCCGCGGCAAAAGCAGCACAGGCUUCAAUGUCUUGAAGGCAAUGAGGCCGGCUCCUCCAAUCCCCACGAUGGAAUUGCACACCAUUACGCCUGAGAUGACACCUUCCCCGACGUUGAAGCCAGUCCUAGCAAAGAAGGAUGCUGAGAUCUCUCCGGUUUCCCCACUGCCACCACCAAAAGAUGAGAGGCGGCCUUUUAGCUUCGAACCUGCUGUUGCCACCACUGAGACCCAGCAAAAGUCAACAGAGCAGGAAGAAUACCUCGCAAUGUCGGAAUUACCACUUCAAAGCACCACUCCACCAGCUGAGACCCGACUACCCAUGCGCACCACAUCACUAGACCCACCCGAACCAUCCCCGGGCUUCCAACGACCCACAAGUGCCCCAUCAUCCCGCCCAACAUCAUCCGACCUCCAAGAUUACAACCUCUCCCCCUUCCCAGGACCUUCCGUUCCAACAUCACCCGUUGACGGCUUGCGCACAGAGCCCACAACGCCACCCACACCGCCUCCCUUCGAGCCCCUAACCCGCCGACCAAUCCCUUUGCCCGUGUCUUACAUUCCACGUAUCACGCCCGCACAACUCUCCUGCUACACAAGACAUUGCCACAACAUCUGGUCUAACAAUAUAUUCCAGCCCAUGGGCUGCAUGGUGUGCCAUGAGAACGACAAAGAUAGGAAGUGGGCGUGUACGUGGUGUCAGUUGCGGAUUUGCCGUAGCUGUAGUGAGGAUCUGAGGGCGAUUCCAGGCAGAGACUUGGGAACGCUGAUACAGAAGAGAGAGAAGGGGGAGGUCAUGGCGCCGGGAAUGAAGCUCAAGGAAGACAGGUUUACGAUGGUUGUUGAGGACAUUGAUGGGGAGGAAAGGGGAGAGGGAAUGGAUAGUGAAGGUGUUGCGUAA